AUGUUGAGUAUCAGUAAAGUUUCCGUUGAUGACCUGGCUUCUGAACACCGUGAAGCUUUCAUCCAGGCACUACACAAUGUUAUAUCGAGACAACCUACACAGCGAGCUCUAGCACAAGUCGUUGACGGGAUACCGACCCGCACAGAUUCCAAUGGCUGGGAAUUCGUGAAGGCUGGCCUGAAAAGAAAGGAUGACCCUUUUGAAGAAUCAAUUGAGACUGUCAAAGCUUUCCAAGACAAGUUCGAGGUUGAUACACUUGAGAUUUCUUCAGAUGUUGCACAAGCAUACCAAGAUACCUCAAUAGGAUCGAGGGACUUUAAGCUUCGAUUGCUAGAGAUGGUAGCCAUUUCGUUUCAUAAUAUGGUUGCCCAUCUCUUCAAGUCUUUCGAAGCUGACCCCGAUGCCUGGCUAAGCCGUAAUAGUGUGCCGCACCCCCGCGAAGCAACUUGGUUCUAUCAUUCAGAUUAUCUAGACCAUGACCAGUAUCCGCUAGGGGUGCCUGACGUGGUUGGAUACUGGGCUGAAAAACAAGUCUUCGGGGGUGUCGUGCUGUUUGAUCGAGGAGAAAACGACAACAAAUGCCACGAUGCAUUCAUUCAUCCAGAUGAUGGAUAUCGGAUCUUUAAACUCUCGGAUGAUCAGUUAGAUCAAUUUGCCUCUUUGGGAGCGAAGCCAGGUCUCAACGAUCAAAAUAAUGACAGUGUCUCUCCAAUCCCUUUCCAAGCUGAGAGAUAUACCCGGCGCAUCGAACCGGAGGAAGCCAUGGAAAGGCAUAUAUACCGCCAUCUCUACGAGCGCAGGCCAAAGGCCGAGGAUAAUGGGCGAACGCAGCAUAAGCGCCGACGACUGGAGGAUUACCCGGAGUUUGGGGACUUAUUACACCGGCUCGGUAAGGGUGAGCAGAGGUAG